GAGAUGAUAAAUCCAACAUGGCGGCGGUGGGCUAAAAAAUUUUGACAGCUGACGAUAAAUCUUCAAUUAUGAAUUUAUAUCAGGACAUUACUCCAGAAUAUAUUCCUUCUAGGGUUUUUGAAGACAUCCCGGUGCAUCAAGCAGGGGAUAGACGUAACUUCUUGCUGAAGGAGCUCCAGAUUAUGGUGGAGGAUAUACCGGAGCACUAUCAGAACAAGUUGCCCGAGUCCCUUCUGUCCACCCUGGCCUCAGCCCUGAUGGACGGGAUGGUGUUUGACAUCGUGAGUAACCUGGAGGAGAUUCAGCAGGCCAAGGAGAGGAACCAACUGGACGUCAGAACAAGGGCCACCAAUAAACAUAAAGCUAAGAGACUAGAGAUGGCCAAAAAGCACCGUGAGGUUAUCCAGACCUGCCAGGGGGACCCACAUCUGCUGAGGAGUGUAGAGACCACCAACAGGAGGGAAAAGGAGGAGUUAGAAGAGCACCUGAAAGAAGAGAUGAGCCAGGUGGACAAGGAGCUGAUACUAGAGAUGGACCAGGUGGUUCUGGAACAGCAGAACACGCUGAGCAAAGGUGGUAUUCCUGGUUUCACCAUCACUACAGACCCCCAGGAGAUCAGACUACAGAUGUACCUACUGGAGUUCAUCACCAGACUCAGUACUAUGGAGAUUCCAGUCUCUUGAUAGCCAUCUGUAUCUGUAUAGCUGGUAUAACCGCCCUUCGGCGUAACACACCAGCUUCGCAGGCAUGCGG